GUCUGGACUAGGGUUUUACGGAGAAGAAAACAUGGCGGUGGCGUCUUUGUGUCGUACUCUGAUCAGCAAACCAUCUGUGGCUGCUAUUUUUUCUCGCUCCUUCACUUCAAGCUCUAUUUCAGUUCCUAGUUUGGCUCUUACUUCUCGUUAUUCUUCACCUCUUCUUCGAAUCCGACCUCUCGUCACUGCCCUCACAGAGUUUCAUCGGUUUCUACCGGUUGGUCUGAGAUGCUUUGCAACGCGUCAGACGGCAUCGUCUCUCAACGAUCCCAAUCCGAACUGGUCCAAUCGUCCGCCGAAGGAGACGAUAUUGCUCGAUGGCUGCGAUUUUGAGCACUGGCUCAUUGUUAUGGAGAAACCUGAAGGAGAACCCACAAGAGACGAAAUCAUAGAUAGCUACAUCAAGACCCUCGCUACGGUGGUUGGGAGCGAGGAUGAAGCAAGGAUGAAAAUUUACUCAGUUUCUACUCGACACUACUUUGCUUUUGGAGCUCUUGUUUCCGAGGAACUCUCCUACAAGCUCAAGGAGGUGCCCAGAGUGCGAUGGGUUCUUCCUGAUUCUUACUUGGAUGUCAGGAAUAAAGAUUAUGGAGGGGAACCUUUUAUUAAUGGGCAAGCAGUUCCAUAUGAUCCCAAAUACCAUGAAGAAUGGGUGAGGAACAAUGCACGGGCAAAUGAAAGGUCCAGGCGCAAUGAUAGGCCUCGCAACUUUGAUCGGUCAAGGAACUUUGAAAGAAGACGAGAAAAUAUGCAGAAUCGCGAUUUCCAGAAUAGGGAGAUGGGUGGAGCGCCACCAAACCAAAUGCCUAACAUGGGUGGAGCACCACCAAAUCAAAUGCCUAACAUGGGUGGAGCACCACCAAAUCAAAUGCCUAACAUGGGUGGAGCGCCGCCUAACCAAAUGCCUAAUAUGGGUGGAGCACCACCUAACCAAAUGCCUAAUAUGGGUGGAGCACCACCUAAUCCAAUGUAUAACAGGGGAGGACCAUCCCCAAAUCCAAUGCCCAACAUGGGAGGAGUGCCCCCAAAUCCAAAUCCAAUGCAGAAUAUGGGAGGACCACCAUCGAACCCAAUGCCUAAUAUGGGAGGAAUGCAAAGUGUUCAGAACCAGAUGCCUAGAGAUGCUGGACCAGGUGCAGGAUUUCCCAAUAUGCAUAAUAGAGAAACUGGAGGCAUGCCACAGAGGGAUUUUCAAAACAGAGAUGCUGCUCGCAGUGAAGGUAUGCCCUACCAGAGCAGGGAUAUGCCCACUGGUUCCAUGCCAAACAGAGAUUACCAGGGUAACUACACACCUAACAGGGACAUGGAGAGCACGCCAAGUGGAAAUCCUUAUCAGGUAAGAGAUAUGCCCGGUAGAGACUAUCAGUGAGGCUGGAAUUUAGAUAACUGAGAUAACUUUUGAGUGACAGAUCUGUCUUGAGUUUCUUGUACUAGUUGUUAAUGUGCCAAUGUGGAUAGAACGGUCAGUAAUGGAUAAUACGAAUGUAAUGUGUGGGGGUAUAGCUUUGGUAACAUGCAGACUACUGGCUGUCAUUGAUAUAUCCAGAACUGGGUGCAACGUUAAUCCUUU